CACCAAGGUGACGGACAAUGUAUGUACAUAUUUACGUACUAGGUGAAUGUUUUGAUUUGAUACAUGUGCACAAGUAUUUUUUCGUAAUAAAAUUGCAAGUUGUGAACAAAAUGAAUUUCCCUUUCAGUUUUGUUUCAUUUCUACGCCGUAUAUUAAUUUUAGUGCUUUGAGAAUAUUUAUCAUGAAUUUUAAGUUAAUCGCAAACUUCCUUAUCGCCAAUGGUGAAAGUCAGCACGGGAUUUGACGGGAUAUUUUCAAGAAGAGAUUUAUUCAACUUUACCUCAUCAAGAAGAUGACAGAAAGACGGAGAGGCAGAACCAAGUCGUCCCCAAAGGGUGGAAAAACUAUACAAAAUCCUGUCAUCCUUGAGCAAAGUUCCGGGGCCACGUCGUUCCGCCAAAUGAACAGCGUACACCUUCCACCCUUAACAUCAUCCCCCAACGGCACACACAACAAUAACCAUUCUCACCGCCCUUCUUCAUCCUCAAUUAGUAAAACCGAUCUGAGGAAGGAAUACAAGCGCUACUGCAAACUAUACUCGAGCGAACCACUCGACAUUGUGGCUGGCCCCUUAGAAAAAGCGAGUUAUCGAAUGGACGCUGUCGAACUUGAUCUCAAAGGCCGAGGUCUCCGAGGUGUUGACUGCAUCGCGCUGGGAAAAAUCCUUGCCAUCAAUACGACCAUUCACCACCUCAAUUUAAGCGAUUGCCUCCUCUUACCGCAAGGAUUUCAAGCCUUGUUGGACGGACUGGGGAAGAAUUCUUACCUCAAAGUGCUCGAACUUCGGGGAAAUAAUAUCCAGUCGUCAAUGGUUGAAAAUUUGAGCACCUUCCUAAAAACUAACCACACCCUGAAACAACUCCUCCUCGAGUGGAACUGCUUGGGCUGUUUACGUCCCCUCUUUCAGAAUUUUUGUGACGCUCUUGCCCUCAAUAAAGGUUUGGAACGCUUAGAUUUGAGGAAUAAUCAGAUCCUGGAUGAGUCAGGAACUGACAUUGCCAACGCCCUUAAACAGAAUGAGACGCUGCAGAGUCUAGACUUGCGAUGGAAUUCGUUGGGUAUUCAGGGAGCUAAAGCGUUAUGGGAUGCGGUCCAACGGAACCAGAAACUUCGUAGUAUGGAACUUUGUGGUAAUUUUGUCCCGGAAGAAAUAGUGCGACAUAUUCAGUCCACUUUGAAUCAGAGGAAUGAAAAGGAAACAAUAAUUCAAGACUUUUCCAAGAGGACGAGCAUGCUAACAAACCAACUGCAAAGGACGGAGGACAAUUAUAAGUCUGAAAUAAAAAAUAUGCUCACCGUUUUUGACGAUGAGGAAGCAGAACUCAAAACUGUGAUUCGUCAAGGUCAAGUAGAAAUGACGCAUUUGAGUCAAGAGUUGAUUGACGAGAAAAAUUCAAAGAAAGUCAUGGCCCAAGAAAUUAAUAAGUUAAGGGACGAACUUACUAGUGCUUCUGAAAGGGAAAAAACUCUCCGAGAAUCACUGGAAAUCAAAAGCACUGAAAUGCUCAUGCUGGAACAGGCCGUAAAGCUUCAGGCGGAAGAACUUGGGUCACGAUUUGAAGGGAAAAUAUCCAAAGUGACGAAAGAUCUGGGUUCAAUUCAAGGAGAAAAUGACAAAUUAAGUCUCGACCUUAAAGAUUCUCUUGCCACGAUUAAAGAAAAAGAUGCCGAACUUUCAAUACUACAAAAUCGGAUCGAAUCUCUCAAAGCAGGUAGUAAACGAGCUGAAGUCCUCUUUGAAGAAAGAAUUCGCAAAGAGAAGGAAAAUUGGCUCAACUGGAAGGAAGAAGUAGAAUCACAUGAGCAUCAAGAAACCCAACGGUUACAAAAUCAACUCCAAGACAUCCAAAAAGGGAUGCAAGCUCACGUCCAAACCCUCGAGAACAAAAGGGCAGAAGCAGACGAAGAAGUAAAUCGUUUGAAAAUGUUAUUGUUCACGGACAAGACUGAAGCAGAAGAAAACCUGAGUCGAUUAAGAUCUUCCCUGAAUGAAGAACAUUCUAAAACCACGGAGAGCUUGCUAAAUCAGAUUGAUACCCUUAAAAAAUCAGUUGAAACGCACGAGGUCGAAGGCAAACGGUUGGACGCCUUAGUUCGUAAGUUGGAGAGCGACAUGGGUUCCCUCACGAGGCAAAAUGAACACUUAAAGCAACACAAUACAAGUUUGGAAGAGGAAGUCGCCGAGGUUCGAGACAAGAUGACAGCAACCCUACAAAAAGCGAGGAACGAAGCGAAAGAGUAUGCAGAACUGGCGAGUAAAGAGGAAACCACGAAUAAAUCGUUACGCGGACAAGUGCUCGAGAUGCAGGAACAAAUCGCCGUUCUGACCAUGCGACUUAACCGAUCCGAAAAGGAGAGAGCGAGUGAGGCGGAAUUUUGGGGACAUCAGCUCGGAAGACGGGACGAGGAGUUGAAACGUUUGAAAGAGGAUGACAUGAAACGGGCCGCUUUAUUGCACGAAGCUUUCACGUCUUAUAUGCGAUGCACUUCCGCCGCGACAGGACUGCCCAUCCCGCUAAGGAGUUAUUUUGAUAAGAGCAACGAGGACAAAAAUGUGCAAUCCAGUAAUCCUGCUAAUAUUAGUAUUAUGGGAGAUGGUGAUGGAGGAAAGGGUGACAAUAUUAAUUAGUCGUGCAUAUUUUACCAAUAAAAACUUGAAAUAC